CUGGUGAGAUGCGUCCACAGUUGAUCUAAGACUCGUAGCAGGCAGCGAAGAGACUCAUCCGAAGACCAGAAGAAGCGGAGAGCGGAGGCCCAGAAAGGAAAGCCGUCAAGAGGAUGAGGAGGUGCGUUGCUGCUGUUGUGCUGCUGAGUCUCCUCUCGGGGGGGCUCUCUGCUCCUCUGAGCAGAUGUGACAGUCUGGUGAAACCCAUCACUCUCAGCAAAGAAGACUUGCUGGGAAGGUGGCUGUACAUCGGGGGGACCUCUAACCUCCCAGGAUCUCGCUCUGUUAUCCACCUGUUGACCAGCGUCUGGGUGAACUUCAAUGCGACCGCCCAGAGCAAUGUCCUCGAGCUCAUCCAGAGCCAGAGAAUAUUUGGCAAAUGCUCCAGCAUAACAUUCAACAUGGCCUUUGAAAACAGCACACUGUCGCUUGAGCAACCGUUCCACCUCAAGGAAGUCUACCUGCCGACCAGCUGCUCCGACUGUCUGGUGGUCUACGAAGACGUCACCUUUGGCAAAGACGCUUUCACCAGCCUGAUGCUCUUCAGCCGGAGACAGAGCGUCUCGCCGGAUGUCGUGGAGGCGUUCAAGACCCAGGCGGAGUGCCUCCGGAUGCUGACGCCCAUCAUGAUUGACACAGAUUACGAAAUCUGCCCGGUCGACGCCUCGCCUACAGAUGGGCUCAGCGGGAUCCAAGCCGUCACCUCGCUGUUCGAGGCCACGAUGGGAAUCGGCGUUGGACUUGGACUCCUGGACUCUUUUUUUGAUACGUUUGUGAACUGAUUAGUUUUGUCAUUUGUUUUGACGAAAACGUGUGGAAUUUUUUUUCCCCUGAUUUCCAUAAAUACAAAAAUAAAAAGUAAAUCAUG